AUGGCGAACAAUCUUCGCAGAGCAAUUCAAGAUCUCAAUCUUGGAAUUGACGAUGCUCCGGUGCCAAUCCCAUCGACUGUCUGCCACGAGGCUAUCCGAGCGAAUCGCUUCUCCUUGAUUGGUCGGGCCCUUGUCCCCCGCCACCAGAAUCUGAGAGAAAUCGUCUCAACACUCCCACGAAAUUGGGGUUUGUCUGGGUCGAUUGCUGGUCGGGUCAUUGAGAGGCGCAUGUUUCAAUUUGUGUUCCCUUCUGAAGAUCUCAUGCAGUCCGUUCUCAACCGUGGUCCCUGGGCAUUUGGUGAUAGGAUGCUGGUCCUGAAGCGGUGGACCCCUGAGAUGGAUGAAUUUUAUCUAAACUCCAUCUCUUUCUGGGUGCAAAUUCGUGGAAUCCCCUUGAUUUUCCUGACUAGGAAUGUCAUCAAUCACAUUGCGAGCACACUAGGCGAUGUUGAAGUGGUGGAUUUCAAUCCGGAGGCGGCUGCGGCGGUUGAAUUUGUCCGUGUGAAGGUUACCUGGAACGUCGACAAUCCGUUGCGUUUCCAGAGAAACUUUCAAUUCACGCCUGGAGUGAAUACGGUGAUCAAAUUCAAGUACGAGCGUCUACGCGGUUUCUGUGAGGUGUGUGGUCUCCUAACUCCCGAUACGGGAGCUUGUGUUGUUGUGGAGGAUGUUCCCGAAGCGGGAGAUGAUGACAACAACGAUAAUAAUGAUGACGGAAACAAUGGAGAGGAUGGUGAUCACCAUGUUCACAUCCCCGAUCCGUUCAUCCAACAUCUAAACCAACAACCGCGGCAAGGCGAUUACAAUCAGGAAGAUGAAGUGCAUGAACCUGUAGGAGAGGAGGGGAUGAAUGAAGAUGUGGAAAAUAUGAGAGCCUCCGACUUUCAUAUGACUCCAUCUGAGUUAAUCCAACCUGUCACAUCUGAAGCACAUGCAUUGCGCAAAAGGCGUUUUAUGGCAGCUUUGGUGUCUGAUCUUAUCCGUGAUGAAGAAGCAGGAAGGCAGGAAUCUCCAAGAACCCCAAGGUCCGGUGAACCAAGUAGUGCAGAGGAGCAGGAAGAUCCCUAUAUUCCUCAGUGGGUGACUCCGGCGGAUGACGAGAGCUCCUUCCAGCAAUAUGGUAGUUUUAUGAAUUACAAUGUUUUGCAGGACAUACAAGAUGAACCAAGCAUGAAGAAGGCACGUCUCAGUGGGGAGUACGACAACGGAGAAUCUUCUGCAUCGCGGUCUAACGAGGAGGUAUCAAACUCCCUCAGCAAACUCCAAGCUGAUUACACGGGCUCGGACAUUUCUUCUCCAGACCAAACUCCACAAGACAGAGGCGCGGUGGGCCCGGUUCCACCACCAGUUCCAUGA